GGCCAGGACCCUUCGAAGCGCGAAGACUUGUUUGCAUAUUUUUAUUAUAAUUUGCAACAUCGUGAUAAUUGUGUUUCAGUGAACAGUGUGUAUAGUUAUAAACUGGAAAAGUUGUGACAGUGUUCGCUGCCUAUCAUUUCGGAAAUGGUGAUCCUCACCAGUCGCACUGAUAUGUCCGAGGGUGCAGCGACUGCCGACUGGGAUAUUAACGACGCUGUAGUGCCGCGAGUCACCAGCUUCGACGCGUUCGGCGAGUGGUGCGACGGUCACGUGCGAAGAGUCUACCCUCCGGCCUGUGAGGAGGCCCGCAGACACGCCUCGGGCUGGGCCAUGAGGAACACGAACAAUCACAAUGUACACAUCCUAAAGAAAAGCUGCCUAGGCGUAUUGGUGUGCUCCGUUAGAUGCAGACUACCAGAUGGCUCCAGGGUCCAUUUGCGGCCCGCCAUCUGUGAUAAAGCACGGAAGAAACAGCAAGGAAAACCAUGUCCAAAUAGACUAUGUAACGGAGGACGCCUCGAAGUUCAACCUUGCCGAGGUCAUUGCGGGUACCCAGUCACGCAUUUUUGGCGCCAUACAGAACACGCUAUAUUCUUUCAAGCAAAGGGUUCCCAUGAUCAUCCAAGACCCGAAGCAAAAGGAGCCAGUGAAGUGCGACGGUCUUUAGGGGCCGGUAGAAGAGUAAGAGGUAUAGCAUUACUGCUGGCGAGAGAAGCGGCGAUUGCAGAUAAAAUGAUGACUGUAAAACCAGAAAAGCAGAUGUCUCAGAAACUAGUUAAUCCUCAUUCCCAGCCACCGCCGCUUAUUCCGGAUAGUCAAAGAGUUCAACUAACAUGCACAUGCGGUCCUUUUGAAUGUUCCUGUCGCUGGCGCGCGGACCCUUCGUCAGAGCCUUGCAUGGCUUCAACGUGGCCACUCUCUGAAGCGCAGACCUACACGACCUAUGUCCCUCCCGUGCCGCCAGCGCCGUCACUGUCAGUCCAACAACAUUACGACCCGACCGCGUUGCCGGCUGACGACAUCUUCCACCCAGAGGAAAUAUUUCAACUGGACCAACCAAUAAGACUAGACUAUCCCAUGGAAGAAAGCACUCUAGAAUCUCCGCCGACGUUCGCGGAUCUAAACAGUGAAAACUCCAGGCCCGAGGAUCCGUAUUGGUUGGACUGGCAACAUCCCACCGGAUCCGAGUCCAGCGAAACCCCGUCCCCGGAACUGUUCGGCGGCUGCUAUCAACAGAACGAAGGCUACUGCGACCAGCAGGCUUACGUACAGCAGCCGUAUUACCCGGAAGAGGCUCAAUACUAUCCAACUGAGAGUACCAGGAACUCUCCAAUAAUGGACAUACAGGACCAACGGUUCUAUCGGUACGGGCAGGAUUGUGUUCAGACUUUGGAAACGCAAGCGUGGAACUAUUCGGACUGCGCCUUCUCCUCCAAUGACGUCACGGAAUGUAAGCAAUACUUCGACGUUCAACACCAACAGAACAUGAACGCUUUCAACGGUCUUUUAUAAUGACUCCUUGUACAUAGUAAUGUAAAUUGUAAAUAGAUUUUUUAUGGUUAAAUUGUUGAUUAUUAUUAAUAUGUACAACGAGUACCUACAUUUAAAGUUGAAAUGUUUGUUCCUACAUUUUCAAGUGAUCAUUGGUUUGUGAAAAUAAAAAAAAAGAUCAAGGUUUGUAUAAAAUCGUCUAUUUAUUGUAUAUAAAAAUUACAUUACAGAUGUCAGAUUUACAUAUUAUUAUUUUCUUUUCAUUGUCUAAUAAUAAAAUUGGUCACUACAAAAUAGUACGUAGCUAACGCACGACGUGUUUGAGGUGCGUGUGCAGUCGCAAAAAAAAUAUGAAAAAUAUUUAAAAGGUCAUUCCGUCGGCAAAACGACGCGAAUUACGUCAUCAGUUCAAGCGACACGCACACAUACAAACAAAUCUCAAAUCGAAUAGCAUUCGUCUCAAAAUCCAACUUAUAUUAUUAGCAGAGAUUAAUUAAGGACAAAUCUGUUCACUCGUUCUCAUUAAAUUUAAAAGGCGGUUAGUGACAAUUAAAACUUUCAAGUAUAUUAUUAGCACGUUAUCUUUCGAACGACUGU